GGCAAACUCAGAAAAUGAAUCUUUUCCAGGCGAUAACAAGUGCCUUGGAUAACUCAUUGGCUAAAGAUCCUACUGCAGUAAUAUUUGGUGAAGAUGUCGCCUUUGGAGGAGUCUUUAGAUGUACAGUUGGCUUGCGAGACAAGUAUGGAAAAGAUAGAGUUUUCAACACGCCAUUGUGUGAACAAGGAAUCGUUGGGUUUGGAAUUGGGAUCGCAGUCACUGGAGCGACCGCUAUUGCAGAAAUUCAGUUUGCAGAUUAUAUUUUCCCUGCUUUCGAUCAGAUUGUUAAUGAAGCUGCCAAGUACCGCUAUCGCUCUGGGGAUCUUUUUAAUUGUGGAAGCCUCACUAUCCGGGCCCCUUGGGGCUGUGUCGGCCAUGGGGCUCUUUAUCAUUCUCAGAGUCCUGAAGCUUUUUUUGCUCACUGCCCAGGAAUCAAGGUGGUUGUACCCAGAAGCCCUUUCCAGGCCAAGGGACUUCUUUUGUCAUGCAUAGAGGAUAAAAAUCCUUGUAUAUUUUUUGAACCUAAAAUACUUUACAGGGCAGCAGUGGAGCAGGUUCCUGUAGAACCAUACAGCAUUCCCCUGUCCCAGGCCGAAGUCGUUCAGGAAGGGAGUGACGUGACUCUAGUUGCCUGGGGCACUCAGGUUCAUGUGAUCCGAGAGGUGGCUUCCAUGGCUCAAGAGAAGCUUGGAGUGUCUUGUGAAGUCAUUGAUCUGAGGACUAUCCUACCUUGGGACAUGGAUACAGUUUGCAAGGUAAGCUGAAACCAUGAUGACUGUUUGCUGAUUCAUUGGCCAGCCCCAUCGUUCUCCAUGUUCAGUAUACCCAGCCCCUCCCGCAUUGCGGCAACAAGAGCUCUAUGAGACCUCCCUUGAAGGGGCCAUGGGAAUGUUUUUGGAUUCCUUUCACAUCUCACUAAAGCCAGAAUGACAGGGAAGCUCAGAGCUCUCAAUCCCAUUCAGCACCCUUUGCAACCAUUACUGCUCUUUGUUAUCUACCCAAUACUGACUUGGAGGACCCAUCAAAAUGGUUCUCCCAGAGGUAUUUAGAUAGGAAGCUGAGCACAAGCCCCUAAUGUUUGUGGAUACCCUCUUCAGUCUGACUUUUUUUUUAACCGUCUUACCACCCCAUCUCCUGUUUAUCUCCCUCCAGGCAUUCACUUGCAUAUAUAUACCUUCAAAACACCCAGGUAUCGUCUGAACUCUAGUUAGACACCUUGGUCCUUACCUCUUCCUACCAGCCAAUCAGACUUUGUCUGUUUUCCUAGAAGCAGGAAGACUGUUCUAAUAUCAUGUUAUGCUAUUAUCAUAUCAUAUUCUAUGAGUAACUUUCAUAUGAACUCUCAAUCCUAGAUGUUCCAAGUCAAAUGCUUUUGGGACAUCAAAACGUACCAUUUCUCUCUCAAGCUUUUGCAGCACAGAGUGCAGGUUUCAAGACUAUUGCUUCUGCUGAUCUCAUCUUAAAAAUUCUAUUUGGGGGGUGCCUGGGUGGCUCAGUCAUUAAGCGUCUGCCUUUGGCUCAGGUCAUGAUC